CGCGCACUAGGGGCGGGCGUCGGGGCGGUUUGAAAGCCGGGCGCGCACCACAAGAGCGGCGGUUCGGCCUGCGACUGGGAUGUCGGUGUUGCGGCCCCUGGACAAGCUGCCUGGCCUGAACACGGCCACCAUCUUGCUGGUGGGCACGGAGGAUGCUCUGCUGCAGCAGCUGGCCGAUGCGAUGCUCAAGGAGGACUGCGCCUCCGAGCUGAAGGUCCACUUGGCAAAGUCCCUCCCUCUGCCUUCCAAUGUGACUCGGCCCCGAAUUGACCUUAUUAUGUUUGUGGUCAACCUUCACAGCAAAUACAGCCUCCGGAACGUGGAGGAGUCCCUGCACCAUGUGGAUGCCACCUUCUUCCUGGGCAAGGUGGGCUUCCUCGCCACGGGCGCUGGGCGGGAGAGCCACUGCAGCGUUCACCGGAACACCGUGGUGAAGCUGGCCCACACCUACCGAAGCCCCCUGCUCUUCUGUGACCUGGAGGUGGAAGGCUUUCGAGCCACCAUGGCACAGCGCCUGGUACGUAUGCUGCAGAUCUGCGCUGGCCACGUGCCCGGCUUGUCGGCUCUGAACCUGCUGUCCCUGCUGAGGAGCUCUGAGAACCCCUCCCUGGAGGACCUGUGAGGGCUGCAGCCCCCGGGCUGCCCCACCCCACGGCUGGGUGCCUGGCUCAGUAAGCAUUCACUGUUGCUGAAGCCCGGAUCAGGGCUUGACAGGCUCUGGGUCAGCGAUCAGUGCCCCACAGGGCCAAACUCCCCUGCGCUCCAGCAGGCCAUGCUGGGGGAGGUGGGGCGCCCAGCUGGUGGGACUCCAGCCCCCUUCCCACUCCAGCAGAGCCCCAGGUCUUUAUCCAUCUGAUGUGCCACAUCUCCACUUAAGACUUCAUUUGAACAAAGGUCCGUAGCUAAACAAAGUUUGGAAAUCACUGUUCUCAUCCGCUACUUUGAUUUUGCUGAUGAGGAAACUGACAGAACAAUUACGAGCAGGCUCGGGUCGGAGGGCUUGGACCCCAUGAGCCCAGUCUGACUCCACGUCCUAACCUUGCUGUUCCCACAUAACCUGGUCUGCCUCCUGGAGGCUCAGUCUCCCCAGGUGUAAAAUGGACAGCACUCUCCUCUCCUCAUUGCGUGGUGAGGGUUGAAUGAAACGACAGAGGUUUUGUGCCUGAAGUGUUAGCCCACGCCUGUUUGCAUGCUUGGUGUCUCACAUAAUAAACUGUGUCAAUGCCUUA